CUACCACGCCCAUCAAUUUAGAGCCUCUCCUCUCUGCUCUUUUUGUCACUCUCAUCCAUGGCUAAAGAAGCAGAGAGCAAAUCCACCCCUUUGAAUUUCACACUCACUACUCUCUCUUUGUGUCUCUGAAUGUGUGUAUAAAUACAAGGGAAAUCGACCAGCACAACCAGAGCCCCAGAUUUUCCCCCUUCUCGUUUGUCUUCUCUUCUCUUUCGGUGCUGCAUUGCCAUGGCGAGUCCCUAUAGGAAGAUGGGUAAGCUGGAGCAGGGCUCGGAAGCCAGCUUGGAAACGGGACAGGUCGAUAUGGCGGAUAAUUCCAAGAGGAAGAAGAGGCUGGCCCUGCUCUGCAUUGUGGCCAUGGCGUUCCUCUUGGCCUCCGGUGUCGCCGUCGGCCUCUACGUCCGGUCCAGGCGCUCCGGCUCGGGGUCCCGGCAAGGUGCCAUCCAGCCGAGCCAGGAGAUCGUACUGGCUUGCCGUCAGACUCUGUACCCGAACCUCUGCAUCGACUCGCUGGUUGCUUACCCCGGCGCGCAAUCGGCCGGGAAGUCCGAUCUCGUCCGAAUCUCAGUUAACAUGACGCUCCAGCACGUGGGCAGGGCGUUCACUGGGCUGACGGAGCUCGCCGGGGUGUCUAUGACCGGAAUUGCCCGGCAAGCCGUCGACGACUGUCUCGAGCUCCUGGCGAAUUCCGUCGACCAGUUGUCGAGGUCGAUCGCCGCGGUGGCCGACGGCCGAGGCGGCGCUUCGGACGUCAUGACGUGGCUGAGCGCCGCGCUCACGAACCAGGACACGUGCACGGAGGGGAUGGGGGAGGGGGCGGAGGACUCGGUGCGGGACCGGGUGGCGGCGGAGCUCCACAACCUGGAGGAGAUCGUCAGCAAUUGCCUGGCCAUCUAUGCCAUCGCAAGCGGCGACCGCGACUUCGCCGGGGUCCCGAUCCAGAACCGGAGGCUACUGGCGGCCGACGCAGAAAGCGAGAUUUCUUUUCUGGAAAAAGACGGCUUUCCGUCAUGGCUAACAAGCAGGGACAGGGAGCUGUUGGCCAUGGAGAACAAGGACGUGCAGGCAGACAUGGUGGUGGCCUCGGAUGGUAGCGGCACGUACAAGACCAUAGAAGAAGCGAUCAAGGCCGUGCCGGAGAAAAGCACCAAGCGCACCGUCAUCUACGUGAAAGCCGGAAGAUACCAAGAAAACUUGAAGGUGGCAAGAAAGAAGUGGAACGUGAUGAUCAUCGGUGACGGCAAGGGCAAAACGGUAAUCACGGGAUCAAGAAGCGUUCUUGGUGGAUACACCACGUUCCACUCAGCUACGUUCGCCGCAACCGGCACCGGAUUCAUUGCCCGGGACAUCACGUUCGAGAACACCGCCGGCCCCCAAAACCACCAAGCCGUCGCUCUCCGCAUCGGCGCCGAUCACGCCGUCGUGUAUCGUUGCGCCAUUAUCGGCUACCAAGACACGCUGUACGUCCACUCGCAGCGGCAGUUCUACCGGGAAUGCGACAUCUACGGCAGCGUCGACUUCAUCUUCGGCAACGCCGCCGUGGUGAUACAGAACUGCAGCAUCUACGCCAGAAAGCCCAUGGAAAACCAGAAGAACACGAUCACCGCUCAAAAUCGCAAAGACCCAAAUCAAAACACAGGAAUCUCUAUACACAUGUCUCAGAUUCGACCAGCAGAGGACCUGGUUCCAUUCAAAGGCAAAGUGCCGACCUAUCUCGGCCGGCCAUGGAAGUUAUAUUCUCGUGUGGUUUACAUGUUGAGUUACAUGGAUGAUCAUAUAAACCCCGAGGGCUGGCUGCCAUGGAGCGGCACCUUUGCAUUGGAUACGCUGUAUUAUGGGGAGUACAUGAACUACGGCCCUGGAGCUGCCGUGGGGAAGAGGGUGCAGUGGCCGGGGUACAGGGUCAUCACGAGUCCAGAAGAAGCCAGCAAGUUCACUGUAGCUCAGUUCAUCUAUGGAUCCUCUUGGCUUCCAUCUACCGGAGUUGCUUUUUUGGCUGGUCUGACUCAAUGAGAAAGCGAACUUGAGGUCUUUACUAGGCUUAGAAAUCCUCUUGAAGCACUUGCUUGCCCUCAUAGCUCUCUCAUUUUUUGUGAAAGAUCUAAAAUAACGGGGUGAAAUCAUUGGUGGGUUUGUGGGUGGUGAAUAAAAGUGUACAGAGAGGAGAAACUAUAGGUUACAGCUUUUUAGAAGGUUCAAUUAUGUAACUCCAUACACGUAAAACUCUUGUACUCAGGUCUUUUGCUAUUAUUAAACCUAUUUGUCGACA